AUGUCCGAACAAGACAUUCAUCCAAAUAAAUUUAUCGAACUACGAAGUAUCUAUAAAUAUCACAUCGAUUCAUAUAAUGCAUUGUAUCAGCUGAAAACUGACAAAGAAGAAGAAUUAAAACAAAUUUACAAAAAGAUCAAAACAAAAUUGAUCGAUUCAAAGAAAUAUACGCCAAAAAGGAUUAUGGAAGAUAUUUUAAAUAUAAUUCCGUAUAAUAAUCGCUAUUCAAAGUCAUAUUUGUUUCUUGCAAAAUUCAUUUCUGAUGAUUAUCAUGUGGAAGAAGCCUACAAUGCUGCACGUAUUUCAAUCUUCCUGUUUUAUAAACAAUAUGGAAUUAAAUUAGCCAAAGUUGAUGACUUUGAAAAAGAUAAUUUUAAAAAUCUUGAAAUUCACACAGAUGAUACAAUAUACAAAGCAAUUAUGUAUAAUGACUUGAAAACAUUCAUAAUAUUCACAGAAAGACAUGGAUUUGAUAAAGAUCAAAAACUUGAAAGCAGUUUAUAUCCAUAUUAUUAUAAUACAGUUUAUAUCCAUAUUCAUUACUUGAAUUAUGCUGUUACCAUGGAGCAGUUGAUUGUUUCAAGUUAUUAA